AUGAGCCGGGGGGGGCGGGGGGGGGCGCCGGCGCCCGACAACGUCCCCUCGGAGCUGCUGGGGCAGCAGGAGAACCUGCGCCUCUUCGAGCUGCUGGGCCGCAAAUGCGUGGCGCUGGCGACGGCGGUGGUGCAGCUGCUGGCGGCGGCGGGGGGGCCGGGGGGGGCGGCCUGGGCCCGGCGGGGCUGCGGCGUCGCCUGCCUGGUCAAGGACAGCGCCCGCCGCUCCUACUUCAUCCGCCUCUACGACCUGCGCGGCGGGUGCCUGUGCUGGGAGCAGGAGCUCCGGGCCCACAUGGGCUACGCCGCCCCCACCCCCUUCUUCCACACCUUCCCCGCUGACGAGUGGCAGGCGGGGCUGAACUUCGCCCACGAGGGGGAGGCGGCCGCAUUCCAGGCCCUGGUGGAGGAGAAGGUCCGCAAGCAGCAGCAGCGGGCGGAGAAGCGGCAGCUCCCACCCCCGCCGCCCCCCACAGCCGAUGAGCGCCGUGGGAGCCUGCCCCGGCCCCCCGCGCCCGCCAGCGAUGGCUGUGCCCCCCCGGUGCCGGCGGUGCCCAUCGCCAACCCCGACAUCACGGCCAGCCGCUACCGGGGGCUGCCCAGCCCCACAGCCAGCCCCACGGCGGGGGCCACCCCCGGCCCCACGGCCGGCCCCACGGCCGGCGCCCGCAAGCGGGGCCGCAAGAAGCUCUCCAAGGCCGACAUCGGGGCGCCCUCCGGCUUCAAGCACGUGGGCCACAUCGGCUGGGACCCCAACAGCGGCUUCAACGUGCAGGAGCUGGACCCGGACCUGCGGGCGCUCUUUGCGCGGGCGGGCAUCAGCGAGGCGCAGCUGGCCGACGCCGAGACCUCCCGCCUCAUCUACGACUUCAUCGAGGGCCAGGGCGGCCUGCAGGCCGUCAAGGAGCAGAUGCGCCGCCACGGGCCGCCGCCCCCCCCGGGCCGCGCCGGCGCCUCGGCCCCGCCCCCUGCACCAGGCCCCGCCCCCCCUCGCGGCCGCCAGGGGCCGCUGCCGCCGCCGCCAGGGGCCGGCCCGCCCCCGCCGCCGGGGGGCGGGGCCGGAGCCGGGGGCGGGGCCGGAGCCGGGGGCGGGGCCGGAGCUGGGGGCGGGGCCACCGCGGGCCGCGGGGCCCUGCUGGACCAGAUCCGCCAGGGCGUCCAGCUCAACAAGACCCCCGAGAGCCCCGAGGCGGGCGCCGUGGGGCAGCCCCCCGAGGGGCUGGUGGGGGCCCUCAUGCAGGUCAUGCAGAAGCGCAGCAAGGCCAUCCACUCCUCCGACGAGGCCGAGGACGCCGAGGAGGACGAGGACGACGAGUGGGACGACUGAGCCCCACGGCGACGCCGCUGCCCCACGGCGUCACUGCUGCCCCAUGGCAACGCCGCCCCACGGCACCCCCCCGCCCCACAGCACCCCCUCCUUCCCACAGUGCUUUGCUUCGCGGGCCUCCUGCGGUACGAGCCCCUGUGACCCCCCAGCCCGGCCUGCCCCACGCGUGGGGGAGCUGCCCCACAGCGGCGGCCAUCUUGGUGCACAGGGCAUUGUGGGUAACAGCUGUUCCCCCCCCCCCGGCCUGUGUGAACCGCUAACGAAUAAAACCUGUGUGAGCCGCUAACGAAUGA